AUGGGAAGAUAUGAUCAAGACUAUAUUUGUUAUUCAGACUGUUUAAUGAUUUAUUUCUCAGAAUUAUCUACAAUUCCACUCAGUUUAGAGAAUGAAAAUACCCAUAAAAUAGAUCUACUCACUGGACAAGAAUAUACAGGCAACAUAAGUGACUCUGCCUAUCGUAACAGAGAGCUUCAUCACAUGCUCCAAAAUAGACUAAGAAAUCAGAGCUUAAGAGAAAAGGAUUCUCCAACUCUACCCAUUCUUAAUUACAGGGAAGAUUUGGAGAGAGCACUGUCUGAGAAGAGAAUAGUGGUUGUUGCAGGGGACACAGGCUGUGGCAAGAGUACUCAGGUUCCACAAAUGAUAUUAGAUCAAUGGAUUCAAGAAGGUAGAGGUUCAGAGUGCAAUAUUUUAAUUAUGCAACCUAGGCGCAUUUCUGCAAUAUCUUUGGCAAAGCGAGUUGCAAAAGAAAGAGGUGAAAAGUUGGGUGACAGUGUUGGCUAUCAUGUACGUUUAAGUUACAAAAGACUCCGGAACCGGGGUGGCAUUAUGUUCUGCACAACAGGGAUGCUUCUUCAGAAAAUUCAUGCUAACCCAACUCUGGAAGGUGUAUCACAUGUUAUCAUGGAUGAAGUUCAUGAACGUUCAGUACAAACAGAUCUGCUGUUGAUAAUAUUACGCCGUCUAUUGCAAAGUCACAGUCAUUUACGAUUAAUUCUGAUGAGUGCAUCUUUGAGCACUCAGCAGCUGCAGAAAUACUUUGGGGAAAAUGAGAGCACAUUGCUGGAGGUCCCUGGUACACUAUUCCCUCUCACUCGGCACUACAUUCCUCAUGCGUUGAAUGUGCUUAAUAUUAAUCCCACAAGAUAUAAUAUACAACCUCUCAUGGAACCUGAAUCCCGACCUACAGUCAAUGUUGACCUUGUGAUUGAUAUAAUUCGGAAAAUAGAAAUUUCAAGACCUCCAGGAGCUAUUCUUUGUUUCCUUCCUGGAUGGCAGGAGAUAUCUCUAAUUCAAACCAAACUACUACAAGAUAAUAAUUUAAAUACUAAGUUGUUGGUGUUACCACUUCAUUCCAAGCUCGGCUCUCAGGAUCAAGAGAGGAUAUUUGAUGACCCACCAGAAGGCAGGCGAAAAGUGGUACUUGCAACUAAUAUUGCUGAAACCAGUUUGACAAUAAAUGAUGUUGUGUUUGUCAUUGACACUGGCUUUCAUAAGGAGCUUAGUCUUACUGUGGAGAAGAAAGUGUGCAGAGCUUUCUUUCGGAGGGACUAAGUGUUCCCUCACGGAGAUCAAUCAGUGCAGCUGUCAAUACAUUAGUGAAACUGGGCAUGUUAGAACUUGAUGAUCAGCAUAGUGAAAAACUUACUGCACUCGGACAUCGUGUUGUCCAUUUUUCCACCCCACCUCACUUGUCUAAGGCUCUUGUUUAUGCCUCUAUUUUCAGGUGCUUAGAUGCAGUUCUUACAAUUUCUGCUAUUCUGACUAGUGGACGUGGCAUAUUUCAUAACAGCAUCGACUUGCGCACUGACAUAAGAAAAGCUAAAGUGAAAUUUGAUCCUGCUAGUGACCUGCUAGCCAUGUUAGAACUCGUUCAAAAAUGGAAUGAACAGGAAUUUUAUGAAGACAAACUUUUGUUUUGCAAUAAUCAUAAUCUCAGUCACAGAUCUUUACUCUUUAAUCAAGGUUUAAAACGCGUGUACAGUAACCAUUUAUAUGACGGGCUCUUAGUAGAUGAUGAAGAUAUUUCAUCCCAGUAUUCUUCAUGGAAUGUCAAUUCCCACAACAGACAACUAGUACUGGGUGUACUAUUAGCGGGAAUUAGUCGUAUGCUGCAUAUACAACAAGGCGUCUUCUCAAAGGGCAUCCUGAACUCUGACUCACUCAUCAUCAAGACUGAGGAAGGUGCUCGGGUAGACACAGGGAGUGAAUGUGUACUUCAUCCAAUUCCAAAGGAUGCUGCUGAUUUUUCACGAUAUCUCCUGUGUGCUCAUUUAAGCAGAGAUGAUGUAUCAAAGAGAACAGUGGCACGUGACCUAUCAAUGUUGCAUCCUCUUAGUGUUGCCUUGUUUGCUGGUCACUCACUAAUAAUGGAAGAAUUCACGAGUGGAUGCUUGAUUAGUAUUGAUGGAAAAGAGAAAUUGUCUUUUCAAGUUGAUAAAAGAACUGGCACCUUCCGUCAAGCUCCGAUGUGUAAGGGCUGAAAUGGUGAAAUUUAUUAUAGAGAC